AUGGGAUUGCCUAUAAAGCUAGAGUUUCUGUAUUACAAAAUAGACUUACCACAAAAUGAAGACGGUUCACCGUCCACUGUUGCUGAUCUUAUAAAAUUUAUUGUGGACACUAUGAUAAAAGAUCCUAAAGAUGUUGAAGUCUUCUUAGAAAAUGGAACCAUACGUCCUGGUAUUUUAACAUUGAUCAAUGAUACCGAUUGGGAACUGGAAGGCGAAGAAGGAUAUGAGCUUGAAGCUGGUGACGUUAUUGCUUUCACUUCUACAUUACAUGGGGGUUAG